AUGAAUACUUGUUCUUUCUUUUCUAACUAAAAUUCUAAAUUUGAUUGGAUGUUUUCAAAGUUUCCCAUAAUAAAUUAGCAAUAUUAGUUAACAGAUGAAUUUAAUGUUGUUCGAAAUGGAGUAGGAAAAUUAAGAUAAUUUCAUUUAAUCAACAACUAUUUGAUUAUAAAAUCAAAAAAAGUACUGCUAUGAUAUAUAAAAGGGGAAAACUAAAUGGGUAAAUUAUGAAAAUGCCAAAUUAACAAUAAUUAAUGAUGAUUAAAAUGGAUAUGGUUUAUGUUUAUAAAAAGGUAAUGAUAAAUUAGAUUUUUACGGAGAUGUAGAAAUUUGGUUUAAUUCAAUGAGAAGAUUUGCAAUUCAAUCUGAUUUUGACUUUUUCUAUGUAUUAGAGAAAUAAAUAGGAAGUGGUAGCUUUUCAUAAGUAAAUUUUAGGGAGUAUUUUAGGUUUUUUUAGCAAGAAAUAAAUAUGAUGGUAAUGAAUAUGCUGUUAAAUACAUUAUGAAAAAAGAGGAGAUUGUAGAAAUUGAUUAAUAAUAAUUAAUGAAAGAGAUCUCGAUUCUUCGGUAAUUACAACAUUAAUCAAUUAUAAAAUUGCAUGAAACAUUUGAAACAAAUGAUGCUGUUUAUUUAGUAAUGGAAUAUUUAAAAGGAGGAGAUUUUUUAUAAUUUAUAGAAGAAAAAUAAGAUGGAAUGUUUACAGAAGAAUAGAUAGCAAUAAUAAUUUAUAAAUUAUUAAAGGUAAUCCAUUACUUGCAUCAAAAAGGAAUAAUGCAUAGAGAUUUAAAACCUGAAAAUAUAUUAUUUAAGGAAAAAGGAAUGAUAGAGUCUUUAUGUUUAGGUGAUUUUGGAUUAGCAGAUUUUUAUAAUAAAGAUGGUAAUUAUUUGUUUACAAGAUGUGGAACACCUGGUUAUGUAGCACCAGAAUUACUUUAAGAUUAAUAAUAUGAUUAUAAAGUAGAUAUAUAUAGUAUAGGCAUUAUUAUGUUUAUAUUAUUAACAGGUAAAGAACCUUUUUAAGGAGAUUAUCAUUAGAAAGUUCAACAGAAUUAUUUUGGAAUUAUAGAAUUAUCAAAUAUUAAAAACUUAACUGAUAUUGGAAAGGAUUUUUUAAGAAGAAUAUUGUAAGUUAACCCAUAAAAAAGAUUAAAUGCUAAUCAAGCUUUAUAUCAUUAUUGGUUUUAAAUGUUCAAAUUAGCAAAACCUAUGCUUUUAUAAAAUAAUAAUAAAGUGAAAAGUAUGAAAAGAUUAUCAUAAGUUGAAAUUAAAAAUCCAUCAUUAAAUACUCUUGCACUUAUUAGUCCAAGAUUAUCAAGAUAAUAAUCUAAAGAAAAAGAUAAAGGUUCACUUCCUUUAAGUCCUAAUCCACGUCUCUAAAGCUAUUUAACGAGUCGUCAAUAAUAUUCACCUAGAAUGAGUACACAUUUUACACUUAAUUCUUUGGUUCUAGCAAAUAAAGAAAAAUAGUUUCUUAGAUCUAGAAUAUAAAAUUUGAUGAAAUAUUGA